CGCCUCGGGUGGGGCCCCGGGCAGAUCUAUGGUUUGUGGCCGUGGAUCAUUUAUUCUGCGAGCCCGCAACUUUUGGGCGUGGCCCCCAUCGGCCGCCGCCCCGUCGUGAGUGAGAGAGUAAAAUGGGGCGCGAGGGCGUGUUGGGUAUAAGAAUCGCGGCCAUUUUUGUUUUUUGCCUCGAAUGCCUGCGAAUGGCCUUUCCAAGACAAGAACCUCCGUGAGCUAAUAGAUACUCCCCUCCCCUAUGCAGCUACUAUUGGCCAUCUGCUAUGGCGGCUCUACCGCUCGUGGCUGCCGCUGAGUUACUUGGCACACUGAAUCUGUUAGGUCGCCACUGCAAACAAUGACGUCGAUGCUGUGUGCCGACUAGUGGAAUGGGGAGCAGAUGUAUCCGUUUUUAUGCGCUGCAGAAUUUGAGAUUGAGCAUUGAGGUCCGCGCCCCGCUGCGUUGCGCAUGAUCAGCGUGCUUAACCCUCGCCAGAGCGAUUCCGUCCGACAUGCGUCGUCUUUCGGUUGCGUUCUUUCACCAUUUUCUGUAUUUAGUGCAGUGCACUUGCGGACGCACACGGACUCGACUCAAACUUUGACACGCAUAAAACGAGAAACGAGUACUCGACGUCGCCACUUUUGUGUUGAGCAAACUUGUGCCCCGUUUGCACAGUGCAGGAGGGAAGAACGCGGCAGCUUGCUGCUGUGCAGUGGUUUGGCGUGAUGGAUUCUUCCAAGACAGCGCGCCAAUGUAUGAUAUGGGGCAGAGCUUCGAGGCUGU